AAAUCCUCCUUUGGUUCUUUCUCGAAAACUCAAGAUUAGACCAGAAAUGAACUCAUUCUUAACAGAACCCUCUUGUAUAAAAACAGACGUCACCCAGAGACAUUCAUGAAUCAGAAGAGAAAGCAAGUUACAAGUUAUCAAUUACUAACUAGCAAUCUAACUGCAAAUCGAUCCAAUCAAUUUGAGAAAACCCUUUUCAUCAAUUCUUAUUAGCUAGAAAACCCAGAAUGUCGAUCAUCCCAAGUUUCUUCAGCAACGAAAGGAGUAACGUUUUUGAUCCAUUUUCCCUUGACAUUUGGGAUCCAUUCCAAGGUUUCCCUUUCUCUACUGGUGCUCUGAGCGGGCAACAAGGUGGUGGUUCUGGUGCUGCUAGAGAGACAUCGCAAUUAGCAAACACCAGGAUCGAUUGGAAAGAAACCCCAGAAGCUCAUGUCUUUACAGCUGAUCUUCCUGGUGUUAAGAAAGAAGAAGUGAAAGUUGAAGUUGAAGAAGGAAGAGUUCUCCAAAUAAGUGGAGAAAGAAGCAGAGAAAGUGAAGAGAAGAAUGAUAAAUGGCAUAGAGUUGAACGGAGCAGUAGUAAGUUCUUGAGGAGGUUUAGAUUGCCUGAGAACGCUAAAAUGGAGGAAGUGAAAGCUACUAUGGAGAAUGGAGUUCUUACUAUUUGUGUUCCCAAGGUUGAACAGAAGAAGCCUGAAGUCAAGUCCAUUGAAAUUUCCGGCUCAUCGGCCGCCUGAAUUUGAGCCUGAAGUUGCCUUGUUAGUACUUUUAAAUUAUGUUGCUACUGUGAGUCAUUAUGUUACUAGUAGUAUGUUGGUAUGUUCUUGCUUUCAAAGGAUGUGUGUGCUGUAUGUCAAAGUGGUCGAGUCAAGUAUGGACGUGUUAA